ACACAAAUUAUAAACCUUAUAGUUUAUCACAUGACAUUUAAGGUGUAAUAGAUUACUACUAAUUGUAAUAAUGCCUUGCUGUGGCCCAAAAUUAUCCCUUUGCGGAAUUAUUUUAAGUACAUGGGGUGUUAUCCAGCUGGGGUUGAUGGGCGUUUUCUAUAUAACAGGGUCUGUGGCUUUAGCAGAAGAUAUUCCAGCAGUCGAAUUUAGCGGUAAUUUAACAGAGUUUUACAAUGAAGUCGAUAAUGGUUUUAAACAAAACGCUUAUAAUUGCUGGAUAGCUGCCUUACUAUACUUAAUCCUCCUAAUCAUCUCAGCCCAACAGUUCUGGGCUAACAGCAGAUCUUCACUAAAUGUCUGAAUAAGUGAAAUAAUACUAUUUAAUGUUUGUACAUAUUUGUUUACAUUCCUUCUUUUUCAGUUGUAAUGAUUGUUAAGAUCAACUUAUGUAUAGUUUUAGCCCAAAUUGUAGAAUUAUACUUAUAGAAUGUGUUUCUUUUAUUAACAGAAUUCAUAAAAAUGUGCAUCUGUAAUGCAGAACACUAUUCAACCUCUUUAUUGUAUUUAAAAAUUGUAUAAAAUCAAAUUAAAUAAUUUUACUGUU